UUGUGUGCACAACCAAAUUGUACUUGGAUUUUGAACUUAUGCCGUCUGCCGUCGGAUUCGAACUCGCACCUUUAUCUCUGAUUACGACAGCGCGACGGUCAAAGCAAUAAAUGCCGCAGGAUCGUAACUGUGUGCUCUUGCCUUUACUUAACGAAUAUUCUAAAAUCAAAUUCUCUGUGUAAUCCAUUUUAUAUAAAUUAUUGAAGUAUAUAGUUAUAGAAUAAAAUGUUUCAAUGAUUGUCGAAUUACCAAAACACGAGUGUAUAUUUGAGGCGAUUAUGAAGUUGCUGAUUCAAUUAUGUCGAUCAAUUGUGCGAGUUUUGUCGAUAAAAUUGUGGAAGAGAGCAGUGUUGAUCCGCGGCCUCGAGUGUACACUAGGUUAACUGCACAUAAUAGUUGUAAUUCACUAGCACCGUAUUGUUAAUUCUGGCUGAAAGCCCUGUCUACAUCCAAACAUGUAUAUGUUACUAUUUAAUUUUUUACUUGACCUGCCAGAGAAAUGUUACGUUAUUAAUAAAUGAUUAUGUCGAAAUUAUGUAUAUAUAUGAUGUAAUAAAUUAAGAAAAAAAAUACAAUAAGUUUUCGUAAAGAUGCCUUAGACGUUUUAAGACAUUUUAGUAAUCUGAAAUGGUAAUACUUAAUUUAAUUUAUACCCUUUUUAGUUUUUUCAAUUUUACAUGGUAACUUAUUCACAUUGUGCAUCGGAGUCGGAUAUGAAGUCACUCGCGUGUUGCUUUGAGGUAAUCGUUUAAACGCAGAUUUACUUUUAUUUUAACAAUGUGUGUUGGUUGCGAUAUUUCAUUAACAAGGUUUGCGGUAUUUGAGACGAUCAUAGGAACAUAGUGGCUUAGAUUACAUGCCGAAAUAAUUAUGACAAAUGGGAUUAUAGUGUAUUAGUUGAAUAUCUCGCGCGGCCGAGUGUACGCUGCUUGUACAAACUAUUGGAAUGUGCUCCAAUGUUUGUUAUGUUGGAUUUGAAUGUUUCACUGAAUAUAAUCCUAUAUUUGUUUAAUUUGCUUUAUUUUGUGCAAGGCGUUCCCCUCACGGAUGAUUUUGAAGCGGAAUGUAGGCUAGGAACCAUUGGACCAAACAUAAAAAAGAUACUACUUACAAAAAAGAUCAAGACAGUUUCAGUAUCAUCAGAAAUGUUUGGGGAACCUUACUUUGGUUAAUAGUAUCAGUUAUUAUGUAAAGCAGAAGAAUUAAAGUUAGUGUGUGUGGAACUAUCAUGUGACAUGUUUUAGCGUAAAUAUUGGCAACUACUAUAAAGUCCAUGUCUACCGUUGUAAUGAGAACCUAAGCGUCAUCAUCGUCUACAUAAGGAUAUGUUACUGGCGAGUGACGUCAUAUUGAUCUUACAUAGACACUUUGACAGUUCAAAUUUUUUGGUAUGCACACACACAAUUUACAGACACUGAUCCUUUUCGUAUGAUAAACAUUGUGAAGAUCUUGCUAUGAGUGAAGAGAUGCAAUGAACUGAAAAUGCGAAAAUCUGUUAGGAAGUAACCUCUAGUAGUAAAAGCCAAAGAACACUUGACACCAUAAUACAUUCAUUUAAACACAUGAUACAGUUACCUAAGGAAUUACAGUGUAAGUAUCAUUUACUCAAUUCUAUACAAAUAUUUAUUCAAUAGAGUUCGAUUUGAUUAACUUAUUUUUCUCUACAACAGGGAUGAAGAAAAUCUGAAUAUCAACAAUGUGCUAAGACGACGGUGAACGUAAAGUGCUCCGUGAAUCCGUGAGAUUGACUGCUCUAGAGAAGCUCGCAUAGAUAUUUGGAACUGGGAUUAUUGGUGCCAACUUCAGCCGAAGAUGGGCAACUGUUCUCAAAGUAUGAUUAGGUUUUAUUACGAUGCACAGAUUGACCAGUGCGUGACAUUCACCUACACAGGAUGCAAUGGGAACAAAAACAAUUUUGCCACUGUGACAGAUUGCGAAAGAUAUUGCAAAGGUGCAGCCUUCAUGUCGAUCAAAGAUACGACGAAUCCAUCUUUCUGUUCUCUACAACCAAACGCUGGGCUGUGCAUGGCUAUGUACUUCAAGUUCUACUACGACGUGAACGAUGCGACCUGCAAGAGGUUUAUUUACGGGGGCUGUGGUGGCAACCAGAACAGAUUCGACUCUGCAACCUACUGCAUGAAUAGAUGCCACCAGGACGCUUAAUACCUUUCGGAUUUCGGUAAUUUAUUAGGUUAUAAUUGGUCCUACUAAUAUAUUUU